UGCUACGUCGUCAAGUGUGAUGGGAUUUGGUGUUCAUCUAGUUAACGGGGGACCCAAUUUACUUUUCUUCGUUAAUGUAAUGAUGAUGAACAUCGAAUUAGGAACCUUUUAUUUUCAGACAAGACAAUGCAUGACAUUGUCGUGUCUUUUUAUCAAUUAUGAUUAAAUCAAUUCUUUAAAUUUGCGUUUAUUUCCCCUUCUUUUUUCUUCCAAUCCAAACAAAGCUCUUCCUGUCCAUGGGAAAGCGUUGCCGACGGCAAUGGUCGGGACGGUAACUCGCCGGCAAAAUUCAGAGAACUCUGAAAUGACGAGCAAAUGCAAACACAUGAAACUCCUCUUCUCUCUCAUCCGGAGACGCCAAUUUUUCACUAACAAACGAUCUCUUCGUCGCUACUGUAACUCCGCUCCUCGCGCAUUUACCUCCCACCAACAACGAUCCCGCGGUACCUUCCCGGCGGAGGAUGACCGUCCCGGCAUCCUGCCCUCCGCGAAGCCCACCUCCUCAAGGUCUUGCUAUUCCCUUCUUGGCUAUUGCAACGACGUCGAUUCCCUCAAGAAAGUCCAUUGCUUGCUGAUCGUUAACGGGCUGACGGGCAAUCUCCUGCUCGACACAAAACUGGUCAGCUUGUACGGCUCCAUUGGUGGCGGGCACGUUUCCUCUGCCCGCAAAGUGUUCGAUCGAAUGCCCAGCUCGGAUUUGUAUUCUUGGAAAGUGAUGCUGAGGCUCUAUUUCUUGGAGGAGCGUUACUCUGAAGUCAUCGGGUUCUAUAAACUCAUGAGAGCUCGCGGGACGGGGCAUGACAAUGUUGUUUUGUCAAUUGCGUUGAAGGCGUGCAGUGAAAUGUGUGAUGUUGAUGAAGGGAGGAAAGUCCACUGCCAUAUCCUUAAGGAGAGCUCUCCUGAUAGUUUUGUGUUUAAUGGUCUUGUUGAUAUGUACGCGAAAUGCGGGGAGAUAGAGAGCUCCCGGGAUGUGUUCGACAAAGUUCCCGAGAGGAAUGUGGUUUUAUGGACUUCGAUGAUUGCAGGGUAUGUGCAGAAUGAUCAUGCUGAGGAAGGGUUGGUUCUGUUUAACCGAAUGAGGGAAGAGCUGAUAGAGGGCAACGAAUUCACUCUCGGAAGCUUAAUGUCGGGUUGCACAAAGUUAGGAGCUCUGCAUCAGGGGAAGUGGGUGCAUGGCUAUCUGAUCAAGAAGGGGGUCGGGCUCAAUUCUUUCUUGGCCACGUCUCUUUUAGAUUUGUACAUGAAAUGCGGGAAAGUUAGAGAUGCCAGGAAUGUUUUCGAUGAGCUUCCUUCUGUCGAUCUCGUCGCAUGGACUGCUAUGAUUGUCGGGUAUGCUCAAAACGGCUUUUCAGACAUGGCUCUGAAGCUGUUCAGAGACAAGAGAUGGACCUCUCUCUCGCCUAACUCCGUCACCAUUGCAAGCUGUCUUUCUGCCUGUGCUCAGUUGGGUGAUCUGAAGAUCGGCAAAUCAGUCCAUGGACUCGGAAUUAAGCUCGGAAUCGAUGGGCCCGAGGUGAAAAAUGCUCUCCUUGGCAUGUAUGCAAAGUGCCGAAUCAUGGAGGACGCUUGUUUGAUCUUCGAAUCCCUAUCUGACAAAGAUGAUAUAGUUUCCUGGAACUCUAUGAUUUCCGGGCUUUUGCAGAAUGGUUCCCCGGACAAAGCCCUGGAAUUGUUUCACCACCUGAGAUUAGAUGAAUCUACCACUCCCGAUUCAGUCACUUUGGUCAUCGUCCUUUCUGCCUCUGCUUCCCUUGGUGCCUUUCAAGUUGGGUCCUCUAUUCAUGCCUAUGGCAUCAAAGAGGGACUUUUGUCUAAUAACGUCUAUGUCGAGACAGCACUCUUGAACUUCUACGCCAAGUGCGGGGAUACAAAAUCUGCUCGUAUGAUCUUCGAUGGGAUAAAUUUCAAGAACACAAUCACAUGGAGUGCAAUGAUUGGUGGCUAUGGGAUUCAAGGGAGUGGACCUGAGUCCCUUGCUCUCUUUGGCGAUAUGUUGAAGGAAGAAGUGGAGCCUUCUGAGGUUAUCUUCACGACUAUUUUAUCUGCCUGUCGUCACACGGGAAUGGUCGAAGAAGGGUUGAGAUAUUUCAGGCGAAUGUGCGAAGACUACAAGUUUGUGCCCUCAAUGAAGCAUUAUGCUUCCAUGGUGGAUCUGUUGUCGCGGGCUGGGAGGCUGGAGGAUGCCUUGGAGUUUAUGGAGCAGAUGCCUGUAGAACCCGAUGUUGGCCUGUUCGGGGCUUUUCUUCACGGGUGUGGGCUUUACUCGAGGUUUGAUCUUGGGGAGAGAGCAAUAGAGAAGAUGCUAAAGUUGCAUCACCCUGAUGAAGCUUGUUAUUAUGUUCUCAUGUCAAACUUGUAUGCUUCCGACGGAAGGUGGACUCAGGCUAACCAGAUAAGGAAGUUGAUGGAGCGAUGGGGGCUGAGAAAAUUCCCAGGCUGCAGUGCAGUGGAGAUCGAUGCAUGGAGUUGUUCUUCCCUUCCUAGAGCAGCAACUGUUGUUUAGUUACUAGUCCCAUAUGCAGCUGGCAACUGGGUUCGCUUGAAGAUCUUCGGUUGAUUUAAUCUUCAUCGAGGAGGACUGAGUCUUCAACGGUCAAGCAAUCUUAUCCCAAUGAAGCGUCUAAACAAAAACCGUCGGAGCUGUUUCACGGGAUAGACUUGAGAUAAACAUCACGGAAGCAGGCUCCGUGCGAUUCCCGGAUCCGCAAACUCUCGAGAUAGCAGGUUCUUGUGGCACCGUUGAGCAGGAGAUAUAAAAUAACUGAACGUAGGUGCUGAGAACGAAAAUUGAAGAUUCAGUUUAUGAAGAGAAGUUCCAUUGAUUGAACAAAGGCAAUGGUUUACUCGCAGAGAUGCACAUUUUUAACUCUCUUGGGAUUGGAGCAGAUCAGUACUGAAUGAACUGAUUUCACAUCUCUUCUUCCGUAAAUUGUGGAAGAAGAGGUCGCAGCAGAUGUUUUUCAUUGGUGAAAUUAAUCGUCGAGGAGAAGAUCGAAAUUUCAAAUGAUUUCCCGGUGUUCCAUUUAGAAUCUCAUCCUAAAUCAUCUACAGAAGUGAGAGUAUACAGCAGCCUGUACAUGACAUGAGACACGAGACAGGUCAAAAUCAGGUCAAGCAUGCUUUUCUCUCCUCUGUUUCGCUUCAGCUGUAAUGGACUCCGAAACGAUUUGAACCUCGAUCAACAAGGUCCAUUCAUCAUA